GGUUAUGGCGACCCAUGAAAGUAACAGUGGCUCUGCACCAAAGAGUAUCUCUCGUCGUCAGUAAAUGCGAAAGGGAUAUCGUCUUGUUUUCGCGCCAGUUGGACGCUCCUCUCGUCUCAGUAUAGUGAACGCGGUCAAGAUUUUGUGCAAUUGUGAUUUGUUUUUUUUUUUCUUGUUUAUUUCUUUGAUGGAUAAUUAUUUUUAUUGAUAAAAAAACCACACCGAAUUUUUUGAUUGUUCAUAGUUUAUUUUGUUAAAUUUUUUUCUGUUAUCUUCAAUAAUUUUUUUGGGGGAUAAGAAAAUUUUUCUUUUUCUUUUUUUUUUUUUAAGUUAACAUUUAAAAGAAAAAGCCGCACGUGAAUUUUCUCGUGGGGCACACGCACGACAUAAUUGUCGGGCAAAGAUGCAACGUCCUUGAAAACUGUGUGACGACCUACAGGAUAUAAUCAUCCAGCUCUUCAUCAGAGCACGAUAGUGUUGUUCUUGCAGACAAGAUGGAUUGGAAGGUGCGGGCUCUUACUCUGGUUUUAUGGCUGGGACUCGUUCUUGCAUUCGUACAAAAUGGAAACGCAGAAAAAAGGGUCGUUUGCUAUUAUACAAAUUGGUCAGUUUAUAGGCCAGGUACUGCAAAAUUUUCACCACAAAAUAUUAAUCCAUAUCUCUGUACACAUUUAAUUUAUGCAUUUGGUGGAUUUACCAAGGACAAUACGUUAAAACCCUUUGACAAAUAUCAGGAUAUUGAAAAAGGUGGUUACGCAAAGUUCACCGGUCUCAAAACAUACAACAAGAAUCUUAAAACGCUUCUGGCAAUUGGCGGUUGGAAUGAGGGUUCAAGUAGAUUUUCACCAAUGGUCGCUGAUGCUCAUCGAAGGAAAGAAUUUGUGAAAAAUUGUGUAAAAUUUUUGAGGCAAAAUCAUUUCGAUGGCCUUGACCUUGACUGGGAAUAUCCUGCAUUUAGAGAUGGUGGUAAACCUCGCGACAAGGAAAACUAUGCCAUUCUCGUUGAGGAACUCCGUGAACAAUUCGAGAGAGAAUCUUUAAAGACAGGACGUCCUAGAUUAUUAUUAACAAUGGCAAUGCCAGCUGGAAUUGAAUAUAUUGACAAAGGUUACGAUGUGCCACGUUUAAAUGACAAUCUUGAUUUUAUAAAUCUUCUAUCAUACGAUUAUCAUUCAGCCUUUGAGCCUGCUGUUAAUCAUCACUCUCCCCUUUAUCCUCUCGAAGAGGAUAAUGAAUACAAUUACGAUACAGAAUUAACGAUCGAAUUUACAAUUAAUCAUCUCAUUAAACAAGGCGCCAGCUCUGAGAAAAUUGUACUCGGUAUACCCACCUAUGGUAGAUCUUAUACACUUUUUAAUCAAGAUUCAACAGACAUUGGAUCUCCCGCUGAUGGUCCCGGUAAUGAAGGAGAUGCCACUAGGGAAAAGGGUUAUUUAGCCUAUUAUGAGAUUUGUGAAAACGUUGAAAAAGAUGAAUGGGAAGUGGUGCAACCAAAUCCGGAAGCAAUGGGACCCUAUGCUUUCAAGGAUAAUCAAUGGGUUGGUUAUGAUGAUGAAAAUAUUGUCCGAGUGAAAGCGCAAUAUGUUAAUGAGAAAAAACUUGGAGGAAUUAUGUUUUGGUCUAUUGACAAUGAUGACUUCCGAGGAAAGUGCCAUGGUCGACCUUAUCCACUAAUUGAAGCUGCAAAAGAAGCACUUCUCGCUGACAGCUCUAAACGAGAUGAAGUAAAAGAGAAGCCUACUCUCAGAAAGCCAACAAGAAAUCAAUCGAGUCAAAGUAAUUCAUCUGGUAGACAAUACGCAUCAGCUAAUAGAAGAACAAGUACCACUGAAGCACCUUCUAGAAAAAGAAUUAAUUCACUUAAAUUUAAAAGUAGAUCUAGCACGAGAGCCUCACAAAAUGACGAUGAUGACAAUGAUGAUAAUGAUGAUGAUAUUUUAGAAGACGAAGAAGAUGAUAGAAAUUUUGUUAGAGUAAGCGAAAAGCCCACAAGAUCAAGACUCAAUAAAAAUCGUUCUCGAAUUCGUUCAUCAGAAAAUGGUGGUCGUAGAAAGCAAAAAAAUCGUGACAAUAAACCAGCAGAAAAUUCAAAAAUUGAAGAAUCUCUCAGUAAUAAAUUAACAACUCCUGAACCACCAACAACUCCCGAUCCAGGAAGCGAUUUUAAAUGUGAAGAUGAAGGUUUCUUUCCACAUCCAAGGGAUUGUAAAAAGUACUUUUGGUGUCUAGACAGUGGACCCAGUGGUCUUGGAGUUGUUGCCCAUCAAUUUACUUGUCCUUCUGGUUUGGUUUUCAACAAAGGAGCCGACUCCUGUGAUUAUCCUCGCAAUGUUGUUUGUCCAAAAGUAAAAUCAACAAAUGAUGUUACAACAACAAAAGCACCAACAACGGCGGCGACUACACGAUCAACGACACGUCGAACGACAACGGAAAAAUCUAUUCCAGAGGAGGAAUACGAAUACGAAGAUGACGAUGAUGAAGAGGAAGAGGAAGAAGUACGAACAACUACAGCUAAACCACUACUUUAUAAAACAAUUAGUAGAAAUAGACCGAGUUCGACGACAGUUCCACCAACAAGAGGAGCAACAUCGACAACUAUAAUUCCAAAUCACGAAGAAAGUCAAGAAAAAUCAUUGGAUCUUGCAGAAGAAGAGGAUCCACGAGUGAUCAAGGAAUUGAUUGAUUUAAUUAAAAAAGCAGGAGGAAUUGAGCAACUUGAAAAACAACUUCUCUUACAGGAAAAACCAGCUGGAGGACAAUCCGGUACCACAAUUGGUAGUGGACAGGUCACUCCAGCUACCAUAAGUCGCAGCUUGUAUGAACGCGUUCUGAAUAGGCAAGCGUCUAAAACAAAUUCCAGAUUCUUUGGAACAUCUUCGAAACCACCUGAGAAUAAAGCAAGAGACGAAAUAAAUGAAGGAAACAAGAGAUCACGAAUUGGUUACACGAAUGGACCAGGGAGAGCACAAUUUGAUGGUCUCGAUGAUCUUCCCGAAGUUAAAAGUCUCAGAAGAACAAAUAAACCACAAUAUACAACAAUAGAAAGAUCCAGAUCUUCGCCAUCCGAGAGAAUCGAUGAAAACGAGGAUGAAGAAGAUAAGAAUGACAAUGCAGAUGUUGCUUCAUCGGAAGAGAGAAGCAUCAGCAAUCCGCCUGAAGAAAAAAUACUUUUACCACGAGUCACACCCAGUUAUGUCAAUAUUAGACGCAAUCGUCCUAUCGCUGCAAGUUCCGGCAGAGAUAAUAAUAAUGUCAAUGUAAAGGAAGAUGAAGUUGAGGAGGAUAAACUAAGCCCUCGACGUCGAUUUCCUGUUUUAAGUACAAGAAACGAAAAGAACAUUUCAGACAACAAGAAUCUCAAAAUACAAAGAAAUUCCACCAGCGAUGGCUACGAUGAAUUUCAAAGUCCAACGGAGACCGAAAAGUCAGCGAAAAGAACCAUUUUUCCAAAUAAAAAAGACGACGAAUCUGCAAAAUCUAGGUACAUCAGCAUUCAACGUUUCAGAAGUACAACGGAGAGACAAGAAAAAAAUGAAAAUGAAUUCCAAGAAAUUCCAUUUAAUUCGGACGCAACUCAAAAAACAAACUUGAACACAUUCAAGGACACAACAACUUUUGCACCUGAAAGUUCUGCAUUCCCUUACACCGUAUCAAUGACUUACUCACAGAGUUCAUCAUCUUCGUCACAAUCAACGUCCCCAUUAACGACCAUAUCAACAACAAUUACAACCACAGAUAAUCCAACAACUCAAUCAGUUACAAUUCAUGACGAGCCAAUAUUCAAUACAAAAACACCUUCAUCCUCCUCCUUAUCCUCGAUAAAUUCAGAAAAUGUAAAACUUGUCGAAGAAACAGCAACUGAAAUUUUAUUGGCAACUACGUCUAAAACCACCAGUAGUCCUUCUCCUUCCAUCGAGACAACAACAAAAGAAAUCUUCGCCGCCGUUUCCCAACCGAGACCCUUUGGAUUUACCCGCGGUAGAUCUCGAUCAUCAUCAUCAUCAUCAUUCUUGGACUCCACGACACCAUUGUCUUCUGCAACACUUCCCUCAAGGUCCAAGAUGGCCAGUUCAGAAAGUUUUCAACUACCAACUCUUAAGCAACUUAUCGCUCACCAAAGUCACAAGCACUCCAAUAUCAAUGGGGAAAAUGAUAGUUCUCAACUUUCGUUACCUCCAUUACCGUUAAUUUCACCACAAGGAUUCUUUAAAGAUGAAGAAAAAGAAAAAACUGUUGACAUUCCCAUUCAAAUUCUUGACAAUGACCAAUUUCAAGAUCCAAAUAAACACCUCCUUUUGCGUGUUCCAAAGAAAAAUCUCAACAAAACGAUACUUCAUACAGUGCUGAAAAUUAGAGUAAUUGAUCCGAAAAUUCUUGAAAAAAAUGAAAAUUCAGAAUUAGAGGAUGAAACAAAUCUUGUGACGAAUGAUUUACUGUUAAAGGAAGUAAAAGCUCUGAGGGAACGGAAAAUUUAUGAAAAUGAAAAAUUGAUAGAACUUGAAAGAUCAGCUGCUACUUACAGAGGAAGACGACCUAGAAUUGAUUCGAAUUUUGGUGAAAGUUCAUCGAUUCCUCAGGACAGUAUGAGUAGUAUGACAAUUAUGGAAGAGAGUCUAAAUAUCGAGAGAAACCGAAGGAGACGAAUUCGUCCCAAUUCAUCACAAGGAACAACUGAAGCUGUUUCCCAUAAAUCCCAAACAAAAACCGAUGGAAGAAAACAUUUAGAUACUACUACUGCCACAAUUAGCAUUACCACUUCCCGAGGAAGUACUCUUCCAGAUUCACCAAUAACUGAUUAUCCUCGAGGAUUUUUCCUCACAAAAAGUACCGACGAAACUUUAAAUCGUGAGACAUUUGUUGGUCCUCAAACAGAAUCAAGUCAAGAUACUGAAAAAAUAUCUUUUAACGUUGAAACAAUAUCAUCCAAUGAUGAAAAAUUAUCUUCAAGUAAUGUAAAAGAAUCUUUUGGAUCUGAAAUAGAUUCAAAUAAUGAAACAAUAACUUUCAAUGAUGAAAUACCUUCCGAUGAUGGAAAAUUAUCUUCAGAUAAUGGAAAAAAUUCUUUUGGAUUUGAUAAAGAUUUCAAUGACGAAACAUUCAAUGCUGAAAUAUCUUCUGAUGAUGGAAAAUUAUCUUCAGAUAAUGAAAAAGAAUCUUUUGAUUUUGUAACAACUUCCGAUGAUAAAGCAAUAUCUUCUAAUGUCGAAAAAAUACCACCUAAUGUUAAAUCUUCUGAAAUAAUUCCCUCUAAUGUCGAAACAAUAUUUUCCAAUGGAGGAAAUAAUGAAGAAAUAUUUUCUACAACUGAAAAAGUAUUUUUAAAUAUUGAAAAAGAAUUUCCAAUUGAUGGAAAAAUUAUUCCCACUGAUGAAACAGUAACUUUCAGUUUUGAUGAAAUAACAAGCGUAGAUUUUGAUUUCAACAGAGAUUCUCUUUUAGAGAAUAAAGAUCAUCAAAACGAUGAAAUUAAUUUCUCGGCUAACACUGGUGUAAUUGAUAAUAGUGGAGAUCAUUUCGAUUACAAUAGAAAUCAACAAAAUGAAAUGAAUUUCUAUCUUAUGGAUUCAAGAGUUUCAGAAAAAAGUGAAGAUUCAACAAAAACUACAACAGAAGUAUCUGAAUCUAAACUGACUACAUUUGAGGAUAUUAAUGUGACUCCUUCAACUGUUACUGAACAAAUUAUUAGUCCUCGACGACAUUUAAGAAAGAAAAUAAGAAAAAUAAAACCGAUUCCUAAGGAACCUUCCGAAGAUUUUAAUUCUCCAAAGGAAAUUCGAUUGAAGAAAAUAAACGACAAGUUUUCUAUUAAAGAUUCAGACUCUUCGAGAAACUUUGAAUCUGAUUCCGAAUCUUAUUCAGAAAUACCAGAGAUUAUUUCAACAUAUCCUGAUGUACAUUCGAUAAAUCAUGAUUCUAGUACUGUAGAAACAGAUUUAGAGUCUAUUUCCCCUGAUUAUGAAAUUGACACAACAAUAAUAAAUUCAGAAUCUUCAACAGUAAAUUCUGCCACUACUUUUCCCAUUUUAGAUUCUACAUCCGCAAUAACUAUUGAUUCUACAAUUAUUAAUUCUUAUUACGAAUCUCUAACGCCUACAACAGAAAGUUUUAAAAACAAAAUGUCAGAAAGGGAUAAUGAAAAUCUACAAUUAGAAACUGUAACACCAAUUGUUCUUGAUUCGAAAACGAAUUGGAACGAAUUCGAAAAAGAAAGUGUGAAAUACGAAAAAGGGAAUAUAACACUCAAGACUAAAAAUCUCAGAAGAAAUGAAGUAACAACAGAAAAAGACAAAACCAUUCAAAAUCAGUAUUUAAACACAGAUCCAACAAAGGACCAAAAUGAAACUCCAACUAUUGUUACAUCAAUAAGAAGCGAUAUUGUCCUGAAAUCUAAUGAUAAUCAACAACUAGAAAAAGAGUUUACAAAUAAUAAGACAACUACAGACGAGACAAUUUUCAAAGAACAGAAACCUACAUUAAAUGGAAGACGACGUGUAAUAAAACGAAAAAGAAUUGGACCAAAUGAAGAAAAAUUGAAAGUAAAGAACGAAGAAAUAACAACAAUUGAAAAUAAAUUGAAAUUAGAAACCAUAGAAACUAAUUCAAGAAGUGAAGAUAAAUCAAAAUUAAAAAUUAUUAAAACUACUUUAAAUAAAAGUGAACAUAUAGCGAGUAAUUUGGCAAGUCCUCCAAGCACCAGGAAACGUGUUGUAGUUUACAGAGGUGCUAAGAGAUUUUCAACUGUAACUACACCGUCAACAUUGACGUCAACGACAACCGUGCAAAGUUUCUCAAACUCAUCAGUCAAUCAUCAAAAUCAAAUACCAUCUCGACGAAGAAUGAGAACGGUCGUGAGGAAGAGAGCAAAACAUCAAUCGCACGAUACGUCAAAUGAUGAAUCCAAUAACAGGAAGGGCAAAUCUUUAAAUCAAGAAAUGAAAAUCGUAGAAGAUACCGAAGAAGCUGGCAGUGAGGUCAAUACUUAUCGUACAUCAUCAUCAUCAUCAUCAUCAUCAGAUAAUUUACGACGAACAGGAUCAUUUUAUCGUGAGCCAAAUCGAAGUAGAGUUAGAACAACGACACAUCAGCCAAUUUCUUCACUUCAUCCAUCUUUGAGACGAUUCACUUCUACUAGCCCUACGCGUCAGAAUCUUCACACAAAGGAGAUAAAUCUUCCUACACAAUUAAGCUUUGCUUCUGCGGACGAUGCAGAAACAGCAGCAGCUUAUCUUGAACAUUUGGCAAGGCUAGAAGACCAAAAAGCUGAGAUGGACGAUCAGGCCAAUAGAGCACAUGAAUUAGUACUCGAGAAUUUUGAAACAACAACAGAGUCUGGUAAUUCUCCAAUUGGAACAACAUUUUGGCGAAAAAUAAGUACAACAGAAUUGCCAAAAACUGUUUCCAUCCCGGCUUUAAGACGCCGACAGGGUCAAAAAUAUUUCAACAAAAUUGUCACACAAAAUUUAACACAGAGACCACGACGUCCAGCAAUUAUUGAUUAUGAUUAUUAUGAGGACGAGGAAAUCAGAUUUGUUGGAAAGCCAAGGCUUAAUGGUAAGCUCUACGUUACUAGCAGGGGUCAUAUUAAUUGUCUUGAUCAAGGCAAUUUUCCUCAUCCAACGUCAUGCAAAAAAUUCAUUACUUGCGCGAGAAUGGUCAAUGGAUUGGUUGUUGGUACUGAAUACACUUGUCCAAAUAAACUCUCAUUCGAUCCAAUCGGUGGAAUUUGUAAUUGGUCCGCUGGUCUUGGCUGUAAAGAAUAAACAAACAAACAAAAAAACUCGAGACAGGCAAUUUCAUUGAUAAAUCAAAAUUCAUAUUUAAUUAUUCAUUAUAGAUGUCUAAAAAUUUAUCAUUUGAAAAUGAAAACGGCACUUUUUCUCAAUUUUGUAAACAAUUUUUUUUUUUUAUUUCAAUCAUUUUAAUUUAAUCAAAUUUUCAUUUAUCAGAAUUAAAAAUUCGGCUCAAUCGCAAUUCUGUUAAAUAAAAAUUCGAUUAAAAGUUAGCAUUUUCGUAGUUUUAAUAAAAAAAAAAAAAAAAAAAAAGUAAUUUCUAAUUAAAAUUUUUUUUCUGUAAUAGUAUGAGGAAUUAUAUUUCUAAUUUUAUAAAUUAUUAUUAAAUGUUACAGUUGGAUGAAAAUUAAUUUCUCAUAGUAAAAAAAAAUUGUUAGAUUAUCGUUUUUUACUGUCAGAAAAUUAAAAUUCAAUUUUUUAAUGGUUCAAAAUUAAAAAAAAAUUAAAUUAUUUACACGCGACUAAAAAUUUGUUUAUAAAAAUAAGAAUUUAGUGACUUUUAAAAAAAAAUUUUUGGCAUUACUUUAAAAUAUCAUUUUUAAAAUAUUUUACAUUAUUAUUGAGAAAAAGUACCUUUUCGAAAUUCAAACAUUAUAUCAUUAUAAUCGAACUUAUAUAAACGUAAAAACUAAACCUAACAUAAUUUACAUUGUACUUAUUUUGUCCGGUCGAUUCGAUAAUUUUAAGUUGUAGGCAUUAUUUAAUUAGAGACACCAUAAAGUGUUGAAAUCUCUUGGAAAGGUCAUUGUGUCAGUAAGAAACGAAUCAUCUAGCCAUAAUUAAUUUGUAACCGCUGAGUGGUGAUAUUAUUGGAUAAAAAAAAAAAAAAAAAAAAAAAAGAAAAUUUCUUGCGUGUACAUAUUGUAGAAUCAGUGUAAAUAAUUUAAGUUGAGAAUGAAAGCGGUUUAGUGCAGACGAAAUAAUUUAUAUCUCUUUUUAUAUGUAUUUAAAUGAAAAUGUGCAUGAAACUUGUUUUUUUAAUUAUCGAAUUUCGUAGCUCUGCAAAAGUAUAUAUGUUAGUGAGGUAAAAAAAAAAAUUUUUUUUAUAUCAUUUAAAUGCAUUAAGAAACAAGCGAAUAUACUCGCCUUUGUAUUAUUUAUAGAUUAGAUUUUUACAAAUUUAAUAAAAUUCUGAACAAAAUCUAAA